UGUCAGAGGGUCCAGUGGCCACAUUUGAGAGGGACGCAUGCACGAGUAGGUUGUCCUCAACGCAGCAUAGACAGAACAAACUAAUGUAACUCCUCCUAGGGUCAAACGAGUAGCAGUCCUAUUCCUUCUCAUCACAGUUUGUAAUUCUGGAUAUGCCGCACGUCCGGUGCAGUACAGGAAAGGGUCUGAUUCACACACUUCUCAUAGGAACUCCCUGUUUCCUCAGCUCUUACAUUCUACCAAAAUUAAGCAUUCGUCAAAUUCUUUAAUUAAAUGAAUGAAGAAAAGUCCUGUCCCAAUGGAAUACUGACAAUAUCCUGGCUUGGUGUUGACUGUUGAAAUAUGCUCCCACGUGAGAUUGAGACAGGAAAACAACACAGUUACACAGAUGGCCUAAAUUGCUAAACAAAAGUACAGUCUUUAUCCUAACCUGUUAUACGACUGCUCCAAGAUGGCAAACCCCAGCUCACUCUUGGUCACUGAUGGGGCAGUGCAGAGGCAGGCUGAAGAGGAUCGAUAUAUCCUCUAUGGCGUGGCUGAAGUGGAUGCGUGUGAGUUGGGGUUCCCUAGGAAGUAUGACCUCAUCCCAUCCAUCGUCUGCUCAGUAUGCUUUCUGUUCGGCCUCAUCUACUGCUUUUUUGGAUACCGCUGCUUUAAGAUGGUCAUGUUUCUGUCAGGCUUCAUGUUUGGGUCUGCACUAGUCUGCAUGUUGUACCACAAGGAGCCUGUGCUGGACACCCAAUUGACUACAGAGACCAAAGCAGGCAUCCUCCUGGGACUGGCUGUGCUCUGUGGCCUGGUGACUAUGCUGGUACAGACUGUGGGGUUCAUCAUUACUGGCCUACAUCUGGGGAGUCUGCUCACCCUUGCCAACCUGCUGGUUGUCGGACAGUUUUACAGCCUUACCCCCCCAUGGGCGCCUCUCGGUGCCCUCCUGGCCACGAGCACCUUUUGUGCCAUUCUCACACUGAGAUGGCAGAAACUAUUCACUGUGCUCUCCACGGCUGCAGUCGGUGCCGCUGUGGUGAUGGCGUGUGUGGACUUCUUCGUAGAGACGUCGCUGCUGGCUGGCCAUGCGUACGACAUCCUGUCUCAGGUUCCCCCUCGUUCCCUCUGCUGGUACAGCUGGGUUAUAACAGGCGUAUGUCCUCUAUUCAGUCUGAUGGGGGUGCUGGUGCAAUGGAUGCUCACUGCCAAAGGAGUGUCCCACAGAGAAAUACCUGUCAGUGGCCGACAAAGACAGGUCCAACUGAUGCGAAUCAGACAGAGAGAUGCCCAGAGACGACCCCAGCAGGGCACUUACCACCAUCGCAAGCCUCCAAUCCUAAAGCGCUAUGCUGGGGACGUCCUGGCCCCAAGUUACAUCCAGAGCCUUCGUGACCGCCAGAUGGGUACAGGCUCCUCUACCAGUAGCAUAAUCAGCAACAGCACAGUCAACCACACCAUGAUUGACUUUGAGACAGGCUCUAUGGUGCCCCUGACUGCCUCCUCCCUAGUCUAUAGGGUCUGAGGGAUGACCACCAAAUACUAGGCAUCCCCUCCCAGUUCCACUUAGGUGCCCAAUACCUCUCUCUAGAAGACCAUUCAUAGACUGUUUUUUGAGACGACAGAAUGAUUAUUGAGACAAAAUUCAAAAGACUAAAUCAAUCUGUUGUUUUGUUUAUUAUUGACAGUCUUAAGGUAUCAGACAGUCAAUCGUAAUAUAACACAUUGAUCCUUCUUCCAAUAAAUCAAAUAGCUUAAUUUUAGUCAGUUUGCUAAUAUACAUUUUUGUGAAGACAUCCAUUGUUAGUUUUAUGCAGUGUACAAGGGGGGAAUUAUACAUUUAGGGAUUUACAUACAUUUUACAUACUUUACACAAGAGAUAGAGUACAUAAAACAUUUUUGUAACUCUUGUCUUAUCAAAAUAAAUAAAAUCCUUAAAUGUUACUAUAUUUCA